AUUCAUGAAAGCAGAGGCUGGAACAGCUAAGCAUCAGUCUAAACAGCUCAAAGCUUCAGGGCUUCAGAAGCUUAAAUUUUAUUGUCAGCUCUGUCUCAAACAAUGUAGAGAUGCCAAUGGGUUUAAAAACCAUUUGAGCUCCCCAUCUCAUCAAGGUAGACUCAGUAACCUUGCCACUGGUAAUCAGGAAGAUCCAAUAGAUAAAUUCUCGGACCAAUUCAGUCUGGACUUUCUCAAACUCUUGAAAAUGAAUCAUGGUACUAAAAGAAUCAAUGCCAAUCGUUUUUAUCAAGAAUAUAUUCUGAAUGAUAGAGAUCAUAUUCAUAUGAAUGCUACAAGAUGGACGUCUUUGACUGCAUUUGUCAAGUUUUUAGGGCUGAAUGGCCACGUUAAGGUUGAAAGAGACGGUGGAGACGACGAUGAGCUCAACUUCACCAUUGCAUUGAUUGAUCGUUCGCCACAGGCGGUUCAACGACAAGAACUUCUUCUCAAGAAGCAAAAGAUUUCCCGCAGUGACGAUGAAGUAAUGAUGAGGCUAUUAAAACGUCAAAUUGAACGUGGUAAAGAGAGACUUAAGCUGACAACUUCUCUGGAAGAACCUGAACCUACUGUGAGCAAACCAGUGGUUCCAAGCGCAGGACCAGUUAAAGUAUCCAUGUCAUUGAAGCAAGCUGUUAAAAAGAGGAAGGCGCCAUCUGCAUUUGAUGAAGAUGAUGAAGAAGAAAGCGACAAUGAGGAAAACCUGGGAAAUGACAAAGUACAAAAGAAGACAAAUGAAAUGAAAAGAAUUAGUGAGAGAUUAUUCAAGAGAUAAAAAAAAUUGAUCUAUAUUGUAUUGAGCUUCAUUGAUACAGUCUCUUCUAUACAACUUCCAUUUGUUCGUCAUUGGAGAGUUUAUUGUGAUAGUACCUAUGGUCACUAUCAAGGGUAUU